UAUUGUUUGCGUGGAAUGUUUUGUAGCCGCGCACCUUAUCAUCCGCAAAAAUAAUCCGCUAAAUGUAGUUACUAAUACUAAUACUAUACUAGUGUAAUAAGUAUUCUUACCGUGAAAGCUACAGUGCACAUUACAGUUUGAACGUGAUAUGUUUGUUGUUUUAUUUUGUUUAUUGUUGUAACUUGUGUUGUUCGUCAUGUCGGAGUACCAACAAACUUUUGUUAUUGAGAGGAAGGAAGAUGGAUCUAGCGUAAACGUGAAUCUUUUCGGUGGCACGGUGACAUCAUGGAAAUGCUGUGGAGAAGAGAUGCUUUUCUUGAGCAAAAAUGCGCUGUUUGACAACAAGAAAGGAAUCCGAGGUGGCAUUCCGAUCGUGUUCCCGCAUUUUGGUCCUUGGCCGAUCGGGCCGCAGCAUGGUUUUGCUCGGAUACAGAUGUGGGAAGUGGAACAGCUUCCAUCUGUUGAUGUCAGCGGCAAUGUAGUCGCCAUCAUUGCUCUGGUCGACAAUGCCGAAACAAGAAAAAUUUGGGAUUUCAAAUUCAAGUUAAGAAUGACUCUGACACUGCUGAAAUGCUGCUUCUCCAUGGAUUUGCACGUCACUAAUACAGGUGACGCUGAGUUCAACUUUACCACACUGAUCCAUACAUACUUCAGGCUGCCAGAUGUAACCAAGAGCAGAGUACUAGGUCUCACAGGAUGCAAAUAUUUUGACAAGACUACUGGUCAAGAUAUUCAGUCCGAAACAAGGGAACAGCUUUCUGUAGACCGCAACAUCGACAAUAUCUAUGCGAAUGUUCCUGAUGAGUUGACAUUGACUGGUGGCCCAGCAGGUCGGACAAUAAAAAUCACCAAGAAGGGCUUCCCAGACACAGUCGUGUGGAAUCCGUGGGUGGACGGCGCUCAGAAGAUGGCUGACUUCGGUGAUGAUGAGUAUCCACUCAUGCUGUGUGUAGAGGUGGGACACGUGGUUAAGAAGGUGUCUCUCGCACCAGCGCAGGAAUUCCAUGCAUCACAGACUCUGCAGAUCCAGUGCCCCGAGUAGAGAUUGAGUGGAGUAGAGUACAGUAGCUGUGUAUUCAUAGUUCGGAUUAUGUAAAAUUAUCGCACAGAUAUGCCGUACUGUUGAUAAAUAUCUGAUUAUGAUUUAUGUGGUUGAAAACCCAAAAUGUUAUACUGGAGCAUUUAUCACGAGUCACCGCGUGGUUUGUUCUAAAGAAAAUCUCCAACUGCAGAAAUGAUUAUAACAGCCUUGUAACAUGUAGUUUGGGGCUACUCUGGACCUCUGGAAGUUAACGGGUUCGGAUUAGAUGCUAUCCGACCUGUUUUUCAUUGUGAAAUAAAUGAUGUUAUUAACCUUGUUGGGCCAGGUUAUACGAUGGUAAAAGAUUUAUCAUUCUAAAAUGUCCACAUUACCUUCCAAACUUUACAUUUUUUGUUCUGUUGCAUGUUAGAAUAAACCCUGGUGCACACUCCAAACAC